CAUGAGGUGCUGGGAAGCCAUCGUCUCUCCAAACUCCAACUGCCAGUGUUCACAGAAAAGAAAAUGCUCUCCAAGCUCCUCUCUUGGGUUCCCAUCCUUGUAGCUCUCUUCCUGAUACUCCACCAUGGGUGGGCGGCGCGCUGCGAAAAGAACAUCCCAAUAGUGCAGCAGAUCCAGGUGGGCUUCGGCAAGCCUCCAAAGUUCAUGGUGGUGGUCCAGAACAGCUGCCCGAUGUGUCCUGCCAUUGAUGUGCACUUAAAAUGUGCAGAAUUCCCUCAGUCUCUUGUAGAUCCAAGAGUGUUCAGCGUGGUCGGUUAUGAUGACUGCGUCGUCGAUGGAGGCUUGCCUCUGGCUCCACUGCAGAAGAUCUCCUUCAACUACACCCAUGACAGGUUUAGCAUGUCCCUGAAGUCCUGGUCCUUCCAGUGCGAGUGACAAUGCCCAGUGCUUACAUGCUUUUCUUACUCCGAUCCAUCAUUGGUUUCAAAUACACAACUCUGAAAAGUGUCUUCAGACAGCAGUUGUCUUGUUCUUUAAACUCUGCUACUUUCUCCAGAACAUAGAAUAUGGUCCUCAAACAUGUCAAAGUUGUCCAAAGGUAGUGUGUAUUUGAAUGAUAAUGUCUACAUAUUGAUGGAGAAAUUGCAUUCUAAAAGC